UUAUUUUUUUGGCCCAGGGAGCGGAUUGGGCCGCCCGGCCGCCGAGCGCUGGAGGGGAAGGUGGCUUGGCCGUGUGGGUCGGUGGCGGUCUGGAGCGCGCCUGCUGUCCCGCCUCUGUCUACACGCGGGUUCGGUCCAGGUCCCGCCCGCAGGUGCUGCGCGCAGGUCUCGGGUAGAUAUAUAGAUCAUCAGAAGAAAAACUUACUGAAGUUGCUCAAGAAAAAUUGGAAAAAGCCAAGAAAAAGAAGAUAAAAUUAAUAGCAGAUACAGUGGGCAGGAUGGAAAUUUAACUUUUAACAAAUUGAUUUAACAAAACAUUGUUGAAUGCUUAUUUAGAACCUAGGAAUUGUCCUAGGGACUGGAACACAGCAGUGAACAAAACAGAUAAUAUCUCCUGCUCACGUAGAGCUACAGCUGAGGAUGUCAUCUGACUUCCAUGUAUUUAGAGUUGGGGUCUCUUUUGUCAUAAUGUGCAUUUUGUACAAGUCAGCUGAAGACCCUCUGCCAGAACUGAGUCCUCAGAAAUAUUUCAGUACCUUGCAACCAGGAAAAGCUUCUUUAGCUUAUUUUUGUCACGCUGAUUCUCCAAGUACCUCUGUAGUUCUUGAACAACUGAAUGAGGCUGUUAGACCUCUCCAGGACUAUGGGAUUUCAGUUGCAAAGGUUCAUUGCGUCAAAGAAGAAACAUCAAGAUACUGUGGUAAAGAAGAGGAUUUGAUGAAAGCGUAUUUAUUCAGAGGAAACAUUUUGCUCAGAGAAUUCCCGACUGACACCUUGUUUGAUGUGAAUGCCAUUGUCGCUCAUGUACUCUUUACUCUUCUUUUUAAUGAAGUAAAAUAUAUCUCCACCCUGGAAGACCUUCAGAACAUAGAAAAUACUGUGAAAGGAAAAGCCAAUAUGAUAUUUUCAUAUGUAAGAGCCAUUGGAACACCAGAGCACAGAGCCAUCAUGGAAGCUGCCUUUGUGUACGGGACUGCGUACCAAUUUGUCUUAACCACAGAAAUAGCCCUUCUGGAAAGUAUCGGCUCAGAGGAUAUAGAACGUGCACAUCUCUACUUUUUUCAUUGUAAUCUCAUCUCAGACUUGACCCAGCAAUGUAGAAGAACACUAAUGCGACAGCCUCUGACGACAUUGAACAUUCAUGCGUUUGUUAAGACAAUGAAAGCACCUCUGUUGACUGAAGUUGCUGAAGAUCCUCAGCAAGUUUCAACUGUUCAUCUCCAACUAGGAUUACCACUGGUUUUUAUUGUUAGCCAAAAAGCUACAUAUGAAGCCGAUAGAAGAACAGCAGAAUGGGUUGCUUGGCGUCUUCUAGGAAAAGCUGGAGUUCUGCUCUUGUUAAGAUUGACCUCCUGGAUGACUGUUACUCUCCAAAUUAGCAACAUAAAACAUUUAUUUCCAUUUCGAAAAAGGGACUCUUUGGAAGUGAACAUUCCUCAGCAUACCAAUGUGGUCUUCAGAAGAGCAGAAAAGGAAGUGCCACUGGAAUUUUUGGUGUUAACUGAUAUUGAUUCCAUAAUUUCUUAUGUGGAAGAUAAUGUGGAGAUGGAGGAAAAUAAAGACAGUGACGUGGAAGAUCCAGAUUUGGAUAUUCAAGAUGAUGAAGUAGCAGAAACUGUUUACAGAGAUAGGAAGAGACAGUUACCUUUGGAAGUGACCAUGGAACUUACAGAAGAGACAUUUCAUGCGACAGUAAUGGCUUCUGACAGCAUUGUGCUCUUCUAUGCUGGCUGGCAAGCAGUAUCCAUGGCCUUCCUGCAAUCCUAUAUUGAUGUGGCAGUUAAAUUGAAAGGCACGUCCACUAUGCUUCUUACUAGAAUAAACUGUGCAGACUGGUCUGGUGUAUGUACUAAGCAAAAUGUUACUGAAUUUCCUGCUGUAAAGAUGUACAAGAAGGGUGAGAAUCCAGUAUCUUAUGCUGGUAUGUUAGGAACCGAAGAUCUCCUAAAGUUUAUCCAGCUCAACAGGAUUUCGUGUCCAGUGAGCAUAACAUCUAUCCAAGAAGUAGAAGAAUAUUUAAAUGGGGAAUUGUAUGAAGACCUGGUCACUUAUUCUAGUGUAUCAGUACUGGGACUGUUUAGUCCAGCCAUGACAACAGCAAAAGAAGAUUUCACUGAAGCAGGAAACUACUUAAAAGGAUGUGUCCUCACUGGCAUUUAUUCUGAAGAAGAUGUUUGGAUACUGGCAAAUAAACAUGCUGCAACUCUUCCAGCCCUGCUGCUUGCCAAACACAAAGACGGCAAGAUAGAGAGCAUUCCACUAGCUGGCACCCCCGCGCAAGACAUAGUGCAGAUAAUAACAAAUGCAUUACAGGAAACAUUUCCAGAAAUCACCGUGGAAAAUCUUCCCACUUAUUUUAAACCUCAGAAACCAUUACUUAUUUUGUUCAGUGAUGGUAGCAUAAAUCCUCAGCAUAGAGAAGCAAUAUUGACUCUAGUGGCGCAGAAACACUUGGAUUCAUUUACUCCUUGCUGGCUAAAUCUCAAGAAUACUCCUGUGGGGAGAGGAAUCUUGCAGGUAUAUUUCGGUCUUCUGCCUCCCCUUCCUCUUCUGGUUUUGGUGAAUCAGCAUUCAGGUGGCCAUGUAUUUGCAUUUCCUUCAGACCAGUCUAUAACUGAACAAAACCUUGCAUUGUGGCUUAAGAAAUUAGAAGCAGGACUAGAAAACCAUAUCACAAUUUUAUCUGCUCAGGAAUGGAAACCUCCUCUUCCUGCUUACAACUUUCUAAGUAUGAUGGAUGCUGCCACAUCUCAACAUGCCACUGGGAAAGCUCCUGGGCGUAUGAAAGAAAUAGAUGUGCAGGAGAAUGAUAAGGAGCGACACGAAGAUAAACUGACAGUCAAAAAAGAACCAGUUGAAACACUGAGAAUAAAGCAUUGGAAUAGAAAUAAUUGGUUUAAAGAAACAGAAAAAUCUCUUAAGCCUCAUACAGAGUUAUGAAGCUCAAAAGUGAGCUGAUUUCUUGGGGCUGUAAUUUGAGAUGAAAUUUAUUUUUAAAAUGUAUUUCAUCUACUCAGUAUACCCCAACUAGCUUAAUUAAUAUAAAAAUUAUCGAAACAGUUUCUUUCCUUUUUUUUUAUAUCAACUCCUCAAAAUGCAGGCACAUUUUACACUUUGUACCAUAUCUCAAUAUAGGGUAGCCGUAUUUCAGUUGCUCACUGCCCACAUGUGGUAUGUGACUGUCAUAUUAGAAAGCUCAGUGCCACACAGAAACUAGUAUAAUUAAUUUAACUUAUAAUUAUGCUACAUACGUAUAUAUAACAUCAAAGUAAUGGCCUAGUACUGGUUAUUGAAUAACCCGAUGAUUCAGAUACCUCUCCUAGAGUUGAUUAAUGUUCUAACACUUUAUGGGUGUAAGCAGUGAUUUCACAUUCUCUUAGAAUAUGUCUUUUUUUUCUUACUAAGCUAUGAUAAUGGAAGCUUACUCAAGGUUUCAUUUGGAUAACCUAGCGUCAACUUUUGACAUAGGCCUAAAGAGCUGUAAAAAACAUGCGGAAUCUGGAGUCAAGUGAAAUACUCCAGACAGCCCUUGACUUAGAAUGGGGAAAAUUUCACGUCACACUUUUAAUCACAUAAAACACUCACUUCCUCUGACAUUAAAUGCAACCUGAAUUUUCUGUUUCUCAUGUGGAUAUCUUGUACAUUUAUGAAGGCUACUUUUGAAGAAUUAAUUCUCAUGUUAAACUUACUUCCUUGUUUGAGAAACAGCAUAAUGAGCUACCCCAUUCUUGGUGUCAUGAAGUUCCUUCUGAAUGUCUGGUUUAUUAUACUGAAAGUAAAAUACAAACAGUAAAUCCCUACUUAGAUGUUAUAAGAAGCUAAGAUCGUUAUUCCUAAAAAUACUUUGCUGGGGGCGUGGUUAUUGUCUAAUAAAAGUUAAUAAAAGUGUA